AUGACGACGUACUUUGAUACUUUACGUACUCCCUACCAGAACGUUCCGAUUACAGAAGAUGGCGUUGCAACGUCAGAAUUCAUUGAUGCCACGGAAGGUGUGGUCAAGCUCUUUGACUUACUGGGAAGUAGUGCCUUUGCUGUUGUACAGAAUGACAUGAAUGGCAAUAUCAAGAAAAUUCGUGAUAGACUUCUGAGUACGGGCCCAGAUCUCUCUGGCACACUACAGCUACUCGUAAAAAAUGAAGGCUUACCUGGUGACAAGAAGCGCACGGCCACCGAAGGUCUACUUUGGCUUCUUCGUGGACUUGAGUUUACGGCAAAGGCUCUGCGCUUUUCUUUAGACAACCAGAAUGAGGAGUUGGCUACAAGUUUCACUAAGGCAUAUGAGCAAACGCUUCGAAAACACCACAGCAUACUAGUUCGCCCGGUCUUCACACUCGCUAUGAAAGCUUGCCCCUACCGAAAAGACUUUUACGCUAAGCUAGGUCCUUCAGAGGACGAUGUGCGUCCACAGCUCUCGACAUGGUUAAAUGCCCUUGAAAAGAUCGUGCAGGAUAUGCAACAGUUCUUCGAGCAAGGCCAAUAUGCUAAAGGGUUUUAG